AUGGUGAUUAGAUCAUCGAUGCCAAUAGCUCAAGAUGAAGAAACGACAGAUCAACACGGUCAUGUUCUCAUCACCGAAUAUUUAACAGGCACAAAUCGAACAAUCAUAGAAGAGCAUAACAUCAUUGCUGUUAGUCCAAAUGAUCAUCGAUGGUACCGAUUAAUUGAACUAAGAAACGGUUUACGAUGUAUGUUGGUAACAAGUAAUGUACAUGAAGAUGAAGAUGAAGAAGAAGAAGACGAUAGCGGUGACGCAGAUGAUACAAUGGACAGACUGAGUUCUUCGGAUGUCGAAGAAGCAUUUCUACAAUACCAUAUGACAACUGUUGCUUUGUGCAUACCAGCCGGUUCGCUUCUUGAUUCCGCAAAUUUACAAGGACUUGCCCAUUUAACUGAACAUCUGCUCUUUUCAAGUUCCUCAAAAUAUCCUGAAGUUAACUGUCUUGAUGCCUUCGUUUCCUAUCAUGGUGGAACAGUUCAUGCUUAUACCGAACUUGAAUUUACUGUUAUUCUUAUUGAGAUUUCAUCGAAUCGUAUUGUCGAAACACUCGAUAUACUCCUUCAUUCACUGAUUGAUCCAUUGAUGUCGUUAGAAACAAUUUAUGAUCAAAUGCAAACACUUGAUGAAGAGUAUACGAUUGCACAAACGGAUGAUCAUUACCGAGCGACACGAUUACUUGCCUAUUUAGCAAGAGAAGAUCAUCCAAUAAAACAAUUCUCUUGGGGAAAUAAAACAAGUUUGAGUGAAUUGAUCGAAAAUAGAAAUAGUACGGAACUGUUGAGAAAACUUGUCAAAGAUCGCUAUUGUAUACCCGAGGGAAUGAACCUUGUUAUGAUAUCGAACGAGUCGUUUCGAAUUAUGCAACAGCGAAUCGAGCGAUUAUUUUGUUUGAUGAAACGAAGUUUUAAAACUCUACCUGACUACAUAAGUCUCAAAGAUCCAUGGAAUACAGACGAGUUCAAGAGAUUUCAUCUAGUGUAUCCAUUCGAAGACAUUCAUCAAUUACGUUUAUCAUUCCCACUAUCAUCUAUCGAUGAGUCUUGGAAAGUCAAACCAGAAGAUUAUAUUCGAUUUAUUUUCGCACAUGAAGCACCAGGAAGUUUGAAUAGCUACUUGAAAAACAAAUUGUGGAUAAACCAUAUCGAUUUUGACCUUGGUAGUUCACAGUUCUAUCACAAUUCUGGUUCCUCUCUAUUUACCAUAAUUUUACAUUUAACACGGCAAGGCCUUAAAAAUAUACAAUCAAUUAUCGAUUCGGUGUUUGAAGUCACAUAUCUCUUAAGACGUCUUGGACCUCUAAAGCGAGUCUAUGAUGAUAUGCAAUUGGCAGAUUUACAUGCAUUUCUCUUCCAAGAUAAAAUAGAUACCAUCACGUAUGCAGAUACAAUCGUUCGAAAUCUGCGAAAAUAUCCGGCACUGUUCGUUCUCUUUGGUCAUGACUUACAUUUACAAUUCGAACCUGUGACAAUUUUCAAAGCGAUCAAUACCUUAGAUCCGCGUACAUGUAACAUCAUGUUGAUCACAAAGUUAUCUUCACUGCAUUGUGACCAAAUUGAACCUUAUUUCAACAUCAAAUAUGGCCAAUUUGAUCCAAAUGUCAAUCCUGCUUUGACGAUCCCUGAUUCAAGUCAAUAUUUGGCAGUAGAUUUCUCAAUAAAACCAUUUGAUGUUCCACCAAAUGAAAUUCCAGUUGUUCUAUUGAAGGAACAAUUCGGUACCUUGUGGUACUUUCGAAAUCAACAAACUUUACCGAAAGCUUUCUUUUAUCUUCAUUUUUUGUCACCUUAUGUCAAUCUAUCUCCACAACACUCAUGUUUGUUUGAUUUGUAUACACUAAUUAUCAAUUCCUUGUUACAAGCACAUGCAUAUCCAGGCAAAGCAUCUCACAUAUCGAUCAAUUUCUUUCCCACAGAUACUGGUUUAAUCUUGAAAUUAUCCGGUUUCAAUCAACAUCUAUCGAAAUAUCUCGAAGCAGUUCUACAAGUCCUGAAUAAUUUUCCGAUCAAUGAAGAAGGUACGAUAGCAUGGAAACAAGAGCUCAAAAAUCAAUAUGUUCGUGAAUUGAAUCAUUCAAACAAACUAAUUAAACAUGUCCGAUUGUAUUUUCUGAAAGGCACUUGGUGGCCGGUUUUCGAAAAAAUUCAAUUUCUCGACGAUAUCACCCAUAAACAAAUCAUGGAUUUUUCCAGUUUAUUCCGAUUAAAUCUAACAGUUAAUAUGCUCGUUGCAGGAAAUAUGACCGGCGAAGAAUCCAAAGAGCUCUUCCAUACCACGAGAACUAUACUUCAAUUGAAUUUCGUUGCGCAAAUCUUACUUCCUUCGCUACGAGCAGUUCAAAUACCUGCUCGAGGAAGCAUAAUCAAGAUUUCCAGUUACCAAUCGAAUGAUUGUGCUACGCAUAUGUUAAUUUUUUUCGAACAUGGUCGAACUUCAAUACGAGACUAUGUACUCAUCGAGAUUCUCGCGGAAACUAUUCAAGAAUCACUCGAAGAUUAUUUACAAUCUGCUGGUCAAAGUCAUUUCACAUGUCACAUAACACUCCGUGAUACAUAUGGCAUUGUUUCGCUUCAAAUUGAAUUAAUAUUUUCAUCUGAAAUCUAUAAUUCAUUGGAUGUAGUCGAUUAUGUGUCGAAAUUCUUCGUUCUCUUCAAAGACAUCAUUAUGGAUACCACUAAAGUUGAAUUUGAUCGAUUGCUCACAGUAUUCAAAAAUGGCAAACAGAAUCUUGAUAUGUCCUUACAAGCUUGUGUCGAUCGAUAUUGGACCGAAAUUCUCCUAAACUCCUUUGUAUUUGAUCGGAACAAUCAAGAGCGAGAAGCACUUGAAACUCUAACUGUGACGGACAUGCAAGACUGGUACAAUGAACAUAUUAUCGCACCAUCAACUCGCCGCCAAUUGAUUAUCAUUAUUUGUUCGACUGAUGAAGUCCGACCGACCGCCGCAGGCAUUGUUGCAAAUAAUACUGCUUCUUCGAUGACAAAUGAUUAUCAACGAAAUCGACAUAGCAUGCGAUCAAGCUUUGGUAUGACGACGGAUCGUCUUCCUCGACUUGGACGGCGAACUGAUGAGAUGGAAGAUAUCGACCAUGAACAUAUGUCGUUAUUGCAGUCGAAAUCGGAUUCCAAGUUACGCUGUUUGACAACAAAACGCAAACAUAAUAUUAAUCUCCGUGUAACGAAAAGUGAAACACUACAUUUAAGUCAACCAUUUACAUAUCCAAACGAUCGAACGAAACUUGAAUAUAUUAUUAAAUCAUUCGAAUCUAUUGAGAUUCGUGAUGAUGAAGAUACAAAUCCACAUGACAAAUCAUUGAAAAUUCUAGUCGAAACUGACUUGACCGAACUCCAAAAAUCAUCUUAUGUAUUCAUACACAAUUUGAAAGAUUUUAAAGAGUCAUGCUUGUUCAAAACUAAAAGCUGUAUCAAGAACAAGCGCUUUACUUUCCGGCUUUGCCAUGGUCAGUCAUUUGUUUUUCUUGUAGCAAUGGUAGAAAUUUCCUUAGAUGACCAUAAAAAUUCGAAAGGCUCAGCGCCACUAUUAGUUGUCUAUUCAAUUGUAACUUGUCUUCUUGUCGGUGUACAUCUGUUAGCUUUGAUGAUAAGUACUUGUAUAUUGCCGCAGCUUGAAGCUGAUAGUUUACUUGGCUAUGAAGAAUACGCAUCCCAUGAGACAAUGCACAUUUAUAUCGAAUUGGCAUGGAUAUUGAGUACUGGAUUUGGAAUAUUUUUGUUUCUAGUUGAAAUAGCGAUUGUGUGUUGGGUGAAAUUUUACUAUGUCACACGACCAGCCGCCGUAGCGACAACGAUUGUGAUUGUGCCUGUUAUCAUCUUAUUUUGUAUAUUUUCAUUACAUUUUUAUCGACGGCUUGUCUCAUUCAAACUAAGUCGUCACCAAGAUGCAUUAAAUGAAAUCGAAAAUACAUUAACAGUUGGUAAACUAGCCCAAGCUAAUAUUGUUUAA